AUGCUACAAGAGCAGAGGAAGAAGAUGCCCAGGGCCGAGAUGAUCGCCUCAGAGAGGGACAGUGAUGAGGAUGAGGAGCAUGAGAGGGGAAGAGACGGGGGGGAAGGGAGGGGGGACGAGGGGGAGAGAAAGAGGCAAGGAAACGCACGGAGGAAAGGAGCCUCCAGAGCGGCGAAGAGGCGCGUGGAGCUCGGCGAGGGAGCGGAGACGGAGGAGAGGGGAAGAGGAAGGAAAGGAGGGGGGGAUCGAGUCAGCAUCAGAAAAGAGGGAGAUGAGGGACACCAGGGGGAAACAAAGGACAGCAGCGUUGCCAAAAGCAAGAAGAACCUGAAAAAUGAGAGAAUGAGGACAACGGUGCAGGGGGAGGGCGGUGGUGAGGACGGAGAUGCGGGGGAAAAGAAAAACAGGUGUGCCAAAAGAGAGGAGGAAAGAGAAGAACGGGGGAAACGGCCGGAAAAGAAGAAAACGGGUAAAGUGAAGAAAAAAAAGCGAAAAGAAGUAGAUGAGACAAGCUCUGAACAGGAGUCAAGUGAAGAAGGUGAAAACAAGAAGGAUAGUGGAAGUGAGGAGGAGGAGGAGGAGGAAGAGGUGAGGCUAGAGUCUCUUUCUCCAGAGGAGCUAGAGAAGCUGAAGGAGGCGGUGGAUGAGAAGAAGAAACUGAUCCUAACGAAGGGCAAACCCUGGCCCAUGAAGAAGAAACUCACCACCUUGCGGGAGUCCCAGGUGUUUUUGGAGAAAUACGAGGGAGCUUUGGGCGUAGGGAAAGGCAGAAGGCUCUACGCAUACAAAGUCAUGAUGACCAAGAAAUGGAUGAAGUUUCAACGGGAUUUUGAAAACUUCACAACAGCCUGCAUUCCAUGGGAGAUGAAAAUCAAGGAGAUUGAGAGCCAUUUUGGUUCCUCGGUAGCCUCCUAUUUUAUCUUCCUGAGGUGGAUGUACGGCAUCAAUAUGAUCUUGUUUUGUCUGACCUUCGGUCUGGUCAUGGUGCCAGAGGCACUGAUGGGCAGGCCAUACGGGAGCAUGCCGAGGAAGACUGUCCCCAGGGCCGAAGAAGCUAGCGCCAUGGACUUUGCUAUCUUGUGGGAUUUUGGGGGUUAUGCCCAGUACUCUGUCCUCUUCUAUGGUUACUACAACAACCAGCGUGCCAUUGGCUGGCUCAAGUUCCGCAUGCCACUGUCUUACUUCCUGGUUGGCGUGGGAACGGUUGCCUAUAGCUAUAUGGUGGUCAUCAGGACGAUGGCCCGAAAUGCCAAUGAGACUGGAGGAGAUGAUGUCAGCUUCAACUUCAGCUGGAAGGUCUUCACCAGCUGGGACUAUUUGAUAGGAAACGCUGAGACAGCAGACAAUAAGUUUGCCUCCAUCACCACCAGCUUCAAGGAGGCCAUCGUCGAGGAGCAGGAGAGCAAAAAGGAUGACAACAUCCACUUGACCCGCUUCCUUCGGGUUCUGGCCAACUUUCUGGUCCUAUGCUGCCUGGCAGGAAGUGGAUACCUCAUCUACUUUGUAGUGCGUCGAUCCCAGAAGUUUGCCCUCGAGGGACUGGACAACCACACCUGGUGGGAGAGGAAUGAGGUGAACACGAUCAUGUCAUUACUGGGCAUGUUCUGUCCCAUGCUGUUUGACGUCAUCAGCGCCCUGGAAAACUACCACCCUCGUAUUGCCCUGCAGUGGCAGCUGGGGCGCAUCUUCGCCCUCUUCUUGGGAAACCUCUACACCUUCAUCAUUGCCCUGAUGGAUGAAAUCAACCUCAAGAGGGAAGAGGAGAAGAUAAUUAAGUUUAACAUGACCAUGUGGGAGGCCAGUCUAUAUAAUGGCACAGUAUCAGAGAACAGGACUGCCCCGCCCAUUAUUAUUCACCCCGCUGAUGUGCCCAGAGGACCGUGCUGGGAGACCAUGGUGGGUCAGGAGUUUGUGCGACUCAUCAUAUCCGACACCAUGACAACUUACAUCACGCUGCUGAUCGGCGACUUCCUGAGAGCCGUACUUGUUCGUUUUCUCAACUACUGCUGGUGCUGGGACCUGGAGGCUGGAUUUCCAUCUUACUCCGAGUUCGACGUCAGCGGGAAUGUCCUGGGCCUGAUCUUCAAUCAAGGAAUGAUAUGGAUGGGUGCCUUCUACGCUCCCUGUCUGCCCGCCCUGAACCUCCUGCGUCUCCACGUCUCCAUGUACCUGCAGUGCUGGGCCGUCAUGUGCUGCAACGUGCCGCAGGAAAGGGUCUUCAAGGCCUCUGGCUCCAACAACUUCUAUAUGGCCAUGCUGCUGGUCAUCCUCUUCCUCUCCACCCUGCCUGCCAUCUACACCAUCGUCACCAUCCCCCCUUCUUUUGACUGUGGACCUGGGAAGAGUCGUAUGGUUGAUGUGAUCCAGGAGACCCUGGAGUUCGACUUUCCCGCCUGGUUUGGUAAAGUGUUCGGCUACGUCUCGAAUCCCGGGCUGGUGCUGCCUUUCAUGCUGCUGAUGGUGUUGGCCAUCUACUACUUGCAGUCCACAUCCAAAAGCUACAAAGAAACCAACAUGGAACUGAAGAAGAAGCUGCGAACGCAAAAUGAAGAGAAUAAAAAGAAGAACAAGCGAGCAGCGCUGAAGGCUGCAAUGGAUCUGGAGGAGGCCAGGAAAGCUAUGUCGGAGGCCACAGAGCAGCAGAGGAAUAACAACGCCUCACAUCAGACCCUCAGGGAUAGAGGAGAGAGCCACCGAGGCAGUCAGCGGCUGCAUCCAGACAAGACAGGAAGUGACCCCCCUUCUCCUCGAAGAGACCACAGACGGCCAGUUCAACCUAUCAGAGCCCCUGCUUCGAGGUCCUACCAUCUUCAUGGUGCUCCUGGAUACCUGCCAGGUAUCCCUCGGCAAACCGAAGCCCGGAUACAGAGGGCUCCCAGCAUGCAGAGGCACUGA